AUGAUGUGGCCUAACUUCUUCCUUCAGGACGAGGAGCGGCGCAUGGAGAUGCGCGUGCGUGGAGCAGGCAAACGGCGCAAGGUCCUGACGGACGAGCAAGAGGGCAAAAUCAAGCUGGCCUUUUUCGUGGCCAUUGUGGGGAUGACCCUGACAGUGGUGGCUGUGGGCACAGAAUUCUGGGUGGAACUCAACACCUACAAGCAGAACCACACGGUCGUCUGUGAGGCCGCCCACUAUGGCCUGUGGAAGUUUUGCUACAAGAAGCUCUGGAUAAAUGACGUGGAGGAGGAGAGAGCCACCUGUGGACCUGCAGAGCUGCCUGGAGAAGCUAAUUGUUCUUAUUUCAAAUUCUUCACCACUGGAGAGAAUGCCCAUAUCUUCCAGAAAUCUACUAAAAAAGAACUGAACAUCACGGCUGCAGUUAUAUCCCUCCUCAGCAUCACCCUGAUGGCCAUGGGGUCCCUCUGCAUCACAGCGGCUCUGAGCAAAGAGGUUGAAUUCCUCCUGAAACCAGCAUCCUGCUUCUUUAUCAUAUCAGGCAUGAUGGUGUUGGUGUCUUUGGAGAUUUUCCGACAGUCAGUCCGAUGGCUUAUUACAUCAGACAAGACCAUCCCACUGGAGUAUGAGUAUUCGUGGUCUGUGGCUUGUGCAGUGGCUGCUGGGGCUGUCCUGAUUUUUGGAGGAGGCUGUUUCAUCCUUUUGUCUUUCCCGAGCUUGCCCAAAAAGGCCUGGGAAUGUUGCAUCAAAAGCAGAAACAGCAACAACACUUCCUAAAAGCCAUGUGGAAGGGAGAAACAAAGUCUCUCUCGCCUGCAACACUCACACACUCAACACAAUACAACACACAACA